CACGAAAACGAAAAACAGAGCAUGCAUGAUUCCAAAUUUAAUGGAUUCCGGCUUAUUAAUAAAUUCGGAGCUACAGCACAUGCCUUUGUUCUUCCCCACACCGUCCAUGGCGCUGCUCUAAUUUUCUUUAUAGGUAGCAGCUUUUAAUGCAGUUUCCUCACCCUCUCAUCAUCACUCUCUAUCCUCCCCAAUAUAUAAACACUUCACUCCUACUGCAGCUAUCUAUACACAUUGAUUUAUAUUGUGUUAAUUACAAUGAGAUUGAUGAGCAGAUUGUUGACGGUUUGCAGCAUUACGCUGCUGAUUACCUCAAUACACGCAAAUGGAAGCCAAUCUACUGACCUCGCGGCGGUGUCGGCCAUCAGAGAUGCGAUGAGCGGUUCGAUCGCCACCGCAUGGACCGGUACCGACUGCUGCACGUGGCCGGGGAUCGUCUGCCACCCGGAGACGCUCCGAGUCACCGACAUCGUCCUCCGCGCCGGCGACUCGCCGAGUUCCGAUCUACAGAGCGAGAAGCUCGAUCUGACCGUCGAUUGGACCGGCCUCAUCUCCGACUCCCUCUGCCAGCUCGAUCAGCUCAACACGCUCAUCGUCACCGACUGGAACAGGAUCUCCGGCGGGAUCCCGCCGUGCAUCACCUCGCUCUCCCGCCUCCGCAUCCUCGACCUCUCCGGAAACAGAAUCUCCGGCGAGAUCCCUGCGGAUAUCGGGAAGCUGACCCAGCUCGUGGUGCUGAAUCUCGCGGACAACGAGAUCACCGGCUCGAUUCCCCCAUCCGUCGCCGGCCUCAGCAACGUGAAGCUUCUAGACCUCAGCAACAACAAACUCUCCGGUGAGAUUCCGUCGGAGAUGGGGAAAAUGAGUAUGCUGAGCCGCGCGAUACUGAGCGGGAACCAACUCGGCGGUUCGGUACCUGAGUCGUUCGCCGGUCUGUCUAGGAUGGCUGAUUUGGACCUGUCGAUGAACCAGAUAUGCGGUUCGAUUCCGGAUUGGAUGGGGUCGAUGCGGGUGCUGUCGGUCCUGAAUCUGAACUCGAAUAAACUUUCCGGUGAGAUACCGGCGAGUUUGUUCGGCAACAAGGGUUUGAAUUACUUGGAUUUAAGCCGGAAUUCAUUGGAAGGGAAGGUGCCGGAUAGUUUCAGCGCUGAAAAUUACUUUAUAAAUUUGAAUUUAUCGUAUAAUAAGUUGAGCGGUGAAGUUCCAAAGUCUAUUCAGUUGGUGAAGUAUAUGGGCGCCUUGGAUUUGGAGGGCAAUAAUUUUGAAGCCUAGUCCAUCCCAUCUCCAUAACCAUAACUAAUGUAUCAUCUCUUGAGUUUUUUUUUUUUUUUCCUUCUUAAUUUGAAAUUGUUGUGCAUGGAUGUCGCAAAUGUACAUUUAAUUUUGCUUGGUAUAAACCUUUGAAUUUUUAUUUUUGAAA